UAUUAUACCUAAUAUUUAUGUUUAAUUAAUAUUUGUUACUCCAAUUUUUAAUUAUAUUUAAUUUAGUUAAAAAUAAAUAAAUAAAUAAUAUAUGUUUUAAUGCUAACGGUACAGAGUACACUCUAAUGUACCCUAUUUAACAGCAACAAAUAUUAUGUCACAGGCAUGUACAUUGGGCUUAAGGUCAACUUCCGCUUUUAGGCUCUAGGUCUCGUGCCGGGAUUUGGUCUCGGUGCGUUAACGGUUCAGUCAUCUGUAAUUUGGAAUGCGGAAGUACCGAGAUUUUUAAAUCUCUCGCGCAGGUUUGUGGGUUCAGGCGGAGCACUCAUGCGCGCAGAGAGAGAGAGAGAGAGAGAGAGAGAGAGAGAGAGAGAGAGAGAGAGAGAGAGAUGAUACCGGAGCUCUGCACGUGAAUCCACUCGCCGUGCGGGGAGCAGCGCGUGAACAUGCUGUGGAAGCUCGUGGAAAAUGUCAAGUAUGAAGACAUUUAUGAGGACCGCCAUGACGGCGUACCGGGCCACAGCUCGAGACUCUCCCAACUCGGUUCGGUGUCUCAGGCUCCGUACUCCACCGCGCCGCCGCUCUCGCAUGCGCCCUCCUCGGACUUUCAGCCGCCGUACUUCCCACCGCCGUACCAGCCGCUGCCGUACCCGCAGAGCCAGGACCCGUACUCACACGUGAACGACCCAUACGCCCUAAACGCCCUGCACCAGCCGCACCAGCAGCACCCCUGGGGCUCGCGCCAGCGACAGGAUGUCGGGGGAGAUAGCGCGUCUCUGCUGCCGCAGCCAAGAGCUUCUCUUCCGCCACAGCUCUCCGGUCUUGACCCGCGCACCCGGGAUUAUUCCUCUGUGCGCCGACCGGACGUCCUACUGCACUCGGCGCCGCACGGGCUCGAAGCUGGGAUGGCUGACAGCCUGUCUCUGCAAGGCCUCGCUCACGGCAUGGACGACACGCACGCUGUAGAAGACGCAAAUAACAGUGGAAUGAAUAUCUUGGACCAAUCCGUUAUCAAAAAAGUUCCGAUGCCUCACAAGAGCGUCACGUCCCUGAUGAUGAGUAAAGACGGGCUGAUUGGCGGCGUCUCCGUGAACGUGAACGAGGUGUUCUGCUCGGUACCGGGCCGCCUGUCUCUGCUCAGCUCCACCUCCAAGUACAAGGUGACGGUGGGAGAAGUGCAGCGGAGACUCUCACCACCCGAGUGCCUCAACGCCUCACUGCUCGGCGGGGUGCUGCGCAGGGCGAAGUCGAAAAACGGCGGCCGAUCUCUGAGAGAGAAGCUGGAAAAGAUCGGGCUGAAUUUGCCUGCAGGAAGACGCAAAGCUGCCAACGUCACUUUGCUGACGUCACUGGUGGAAGGGGAAGCUGUUCAUUUAGCGCGAGACUUUGGCUACAUCUGUGAAACUGAGUUCCCCACCAAGGCCGUGUCCGAGUACCUGAACCGACAGCACACGGACCCCAACGAGAUCCACGCGCGGAAAAACAUGAUGCUCGCGACAAAGCAGCUGUGUAAGGAGUUCACAGACCUCUUGGCGCAGGACCGCACUCCGCUUGGGAAUUCUCGUCCGACGCCCAUCCUGGAGCCGGGAAUCCAGAGCUGUCUGUCUCACUUCAGCUUCAUUACGCACGGCUUCGGCUCGCCAGCCAUCUGCGCUGCGCUCACUGCGCUGCAGAACUACCUGACCGAGGCUCUCAAGGGCCUCGACAAGAUGUUCAUCAACAACCAGACCUCCAACCGGCACACUCCGGCCGAUGGCUCGAAAGGAGGAGAGAAGGACGAGAAACACAGGAAAUGAGGCACAAUGUUGGGAAAGAGAAGAGGCUCUAAGAGUGCUUCUUAUCAGAUGUGUCCAGAGAUUCUUUGUACUCAAGAUUUAUGAUGUUCUGUUUUUCGUUCUUGUGAGGGGGGAAGGGAGGGGCUGACACGUCAACGAAGAGGAAAAGAAAGAAGGCAAAGUGGAGGAGAGCUGUAAGGAACUUGACUCCUCUGAAGCACUUGUGCAAAGCUGUCAUUAUUCAUACGAGCCUGGCGACAUUUUAAACACGUUUUAUCAAAAAGACAUUAACAAAGAACGACAGUCAGACAUACACAGGUGUGGCAUCUCUGAGAAACAUGCCAUCACUCCACUGCCAGCCUUUAACCACAGACACUGAAGAAAGGAAAAGAUUUUUGUUUAGAACAAUGCCCGGUGACAUUGAUACUAUCUUCCCAGGCUGUCUUAUAACUCUUGAUUUUGCUGUGUGAAGGCAUGACUUGAGUGUUUAAUUUGAAUUCAGAGUGUUUAAAUGACCGUAAUUGAAUCUUCUUAGCUCUAAACACAGGAAACUGAAACAUUUUCCCAUUUAGCUCAUGAAAAACAUGGGUUUUCAGGACCGGAUCAUUAUAUCAGUGUUAAAAUGAACCACUGGAUUUUCACUAUAUCUAUAAUCAGAGGGCAUAUGUGAUGUCAUGUGACUCUGGGCUGAGCUUAGAACUCUGAAAUCACACUACUCUAACAACAUCUCACAUAGGACUUCAUUCAUAAUCAAACCAGCAGCAGCAUCCUGCAUGGCUAGAGAUUUCCAGCACAUUUUACCUACAUGCGUUGUUGUUUUUUUUUUUUUUUUUUUUAAUCAGAAUUCAAGUAAACAGAAUCCUAUGCAAUGAAGGAAAAUAAAUUAGCUGAGUAGUUCAGAGUUAGAGGUCUUGCUCCAGAUCCAGUGGUGGCUUUCUGGGAUUUGAGCAUCACAUCUUGAGCUAUAUACUGCCUCUUCAGACUGUUUUAAUAGGUGCUCAUUAUAAAUGAACAACAUUCUGACACAUACAGUAACACAAACAAACAAACAAACAAACAGAAACCUCUACACUGCAAAUAUCUGCAUCAGUGUUGGUUUGCUGCCCAUUUGGACAAAAUCUAAGUGUGUAUUCACCACAGCUCUCAAGGUUGUGUAUAGGAAUAAAUAUAAAUAUACAGCGGGAUCCAAAGGUUUUUGGACAAAAACAAUCUUGAAUAUUCAAUAGUCACCAUUUAAACUCCUUUGUACAAAAUUUCAUACUUUCAUCAAGUGUUUUUCUGCAUUCGACUAAAAAAACGUAAACUCAGUGUUCAGCCAGUGACGUCAUAACGACAUGGCGACUCACAGCAUCAGCAGCACUUCUUACAUUUCUAUCGAGAGACAGACAAAUAGGGUUAGAUUUAGAGAUCGGUAAACAAACAAACAAAACAAACAAAAGAAGAAAAUGCAGGCAUCGUUGUUUUAUUGUCUUUUGGAAUAUUUUGUUGAAAACAUGAAAUUGACCUAGUUCCAAAUUCCCACUUCUGAGCUGAGCUGAAUGCAGUGUUGUUCCUUUUGUUGACUUGAUAAUAGAUCAUCACGUUUUACAAAGUCAAUGCUAAUCUGGGUAAUCUGAGGGUAAUCUGUCACUAAAAUCAAUCAAAAACUGGACAUUGACUUUUAGAAAUUCAACCUCGAUUUUUCCAAGAUUUCACUUUACAAUGUUAUACUGUGAAUAUUCCAGAGGACUUUUGGACCUCACUGUAUUUAUCCAAUCUCUUCAUGGGCAUAUCAAAACUUUCACAAUUAAAAAAAGAAAAUGCAGAAUAGAUGUCUGGACAUAAUGUCUCUUCAACCAGAGACAAUUAGAAAACUUACUUCACUAUCUGAAUUCAUGGAAAAGAUGGAAAUUUUUAAGUCUAAGAAGAAUAAGUCAUCGUUUUUGAAAGUUAUUCAUCAUUUAAAAGAUUCUAACAAAGCAGUCUGUAUACCGUGCAGUCCUGAUUUACAUCUUUAUUCACAUGAUUUAUCCAUAAAUGAUGCUACAAACAUUUCUGUUGUUGUUGGUGUCACAUUUUCAUUCACUCCGAAUUCGUAUGAAUCAUGAAUCAUGAAUCAUGAGUCAUUCAUAUCCUUUCGCACGAGUUGUUUGUGAUCAAAACUUCUGAAAGAUUUUAUCCACAAAUGUUAUUGAAAAUGUACAUUGAACUUUUCCCCAUCUCUCUUUCUUACUUUCUUGCUUUCUGCCUGAAUCCUCUCGAUGUUGUCGAGCAGUGGCUUUGUCAGACCAGAAGUCUCUUCUAAUUUAUGUUUGUAUGUAUAUAUAUUUAAUUUAUACCUAAUUUAUGGAGGACUGGAGGUUUUGUACAUAGGAGCAGCUGGCUCGUCUGUCUGUGACUGUGUCCCUGUGCGUGGGUGAACGCUUGAUUUAUCGAUAGUAUCUUGUAUUUUAUAAUUUUUAUUUCCGUUAUUUCCAUUUGUUUGAUUUUUUUUUCUUUGG